AACCAUAGCUGAACGAUGAUAGUAGUGGUCACCUACUGAAUCACCAUAACUUGUUUAAAUCAAUAAAACAUUACGCGAAUAUUUUCAUUCAAAAAACAUUAUACGAAUACUUAAAUUAAAAUACUAGUUUAUACAGUUACUUCCUGGACACUCAUAAUGAUUUACACACUGCCCAAAUUAUUUGAUUGAGUUAUUAAACUACAAAACAUAUUAAAAACUGAAGGUACAAGUCAACGACCAUCAAUAGUUUUUUUUAUACUUUAGGGUUAGUACGACCAGGUUACAUCUACUUCGCAUAUAUAGAGCAACCUUAACCUUAAUCCUAAAGCAUAUGCAAUGAAUACACGGUAUACCAAAGAAAAAAAUAAAAUAAAUAGAGAAAACAAAAAAAAGGUCCAAUGAACAACAACUCGUCGAGAGCAGGCCAGUGGAUACAACACUCUGGACAACACCAAAUUCAAGAGCUUAGUCCAUGCUUCGAUGACAUUAACAUGAUGUCAACAUCCGUAUCUUCCCUCGGAGAACACGGUGGUAUUGUUGCGGCGCAUGAAACGGCCGGAAGAAGAUCUAGGGCUUCGAGGAGAGCCGUACCAACGACUCUCCUGAACGCAAACCCUAGCAACUUCCGAGCUCUUGUGCAGAAAUUCACCGGACGCUCUUCUGGUGGUGAAGCCAACCGUAGAAGGGGUCCGGUGACUCUGGAUUUCGGUUCUCCAACUACAAUCUCUAAAGAAGCUAUCUUCCCGGUGUCCGGAGAUCGAAAGAGAUAUGAUCAUGAUCACGUGCUUAACCAGCACGUGAGUAACGAGCCGCGUCACGUGACUUGGUUAGGUACGGAACCAACGACGACGUAUCAGCUGGGUGAAGAAAGUAACUCCGUGUUUGAUCAACAAGAUCAUGAUCUUUUGAGGGAAUAUUCAGGGAACAGUAGUUAUGAUGAUGGCUUGGAUCAUGUGGAUUAUUAUUAUCACGAUUUUCACCAAGGGACGGAGACGUUGGAGGAGUUUAUGAUGAGCGAUCUUGAUUUAUAAUAUAGCUUCUUUUUAGUAAUUAGAUGAAGAUGAAAAUAAUGAUUACCAUGAUGUUACUACUCAAGGGGAUUUUCUUUUUUUUUUUUUUGGGGCCGAUUAUCAUGAUGUUACUACUCAAGGGGAUUUUCUUUUUUUUUUUUUUU